GCGGUAUUCAUUCAGCAUGUCUUCCCUGAGACCAAUCCUCGACCCUGGCCAGCACAAUAGCAGCAGCCUCUCCCCCCCUGACGCGUCUAGACUUGGACGUUUGUCCUGCGUCCUUCCUGCCUUGCAAGCCCCUCGUGCCCGCCCACAUUGCACAAUUGCACUGGUGUAGCACUGGUGCCGUUCCCAGUGCUAGUCUCGACGUGACUUUCUCAGAACCAGGUCGUCUCCUCGUCGAACAUUACAUUGCUCUGUACAUUACUGUCGGCGACAGCUACACACACACACACUCGCUCACAUCACACACCACCUCGCACCGCAUCGGCCGCCGACGCCCCGCCUCGCCGACAUCCGACAUACGCACUCGUUCUAUCUUGACUGCAACAAACGCCACACCCAUUGUCUUGUCCGACCGCACCCGUACGCCAUCGUCAAGUCUCGCCGCAUCGGUCCGUCUCGCACUCGACAACGACGCCACACGCCGCCGCCUCAAAGCUUGGCUCUCACCGGUCGGCAGCGCUCGGGUCUCCGGGAUAUCACAACGACGACAACGACGCGCUCUAGCAGCCUCUACACGCCAGCCAGAGCCAGCGCCACACGCGUCCCUGUUGACGACGACGACGACGACAUCGUCGGCCCAUGGGACUCUGCUCGGGCCGCCGGUUUAUCGCCUUGUUUAGACGUUGACGGCCGUCUUGGCACGUUGGCGCCCACUCGUGCACUCCUUGCCCGACCCCCCCUCUGGUAGCUGGCAGAACGGCUCAUAUCUACGCCAUCGCCUCGACAGCGGCCUUCACACGCUCCCCCCUUUCCAUCACUCAUUGUCACAAAACGUGUCUUGCACCGACAACAGCUCGACUGUAACGACGCGCAUCUCACGACGCUCGACCACACGACUGCACGACCGCGCGACGCGCAUAAGCUUCGCUACCUUCCCUCGACGCGUCGCCCACGUCCCCCCCCCCCCAACCUCACGCCCGCGGCGAUCAUUUUUCGUCGAUCCCACCGACCGAAGGAAGGUUGCACCACCAGCAAUCAUCACACAACCACCAACGCACCAGCCAGCCCGCAGCCACAAACCAUUCCUUUUGUUGCACCAGCAGCAGCAACCGGCCAGACCGAUCCCCGACGCGUGCCUAGGGUUCCAUACAACUGGAACGUGCACCACUAGUGUGCGUGUGCAUUCCGUGACGGACGACGUCGACAACGACACGACCAUUGCAUCUUGUCUGGCUCGAUCGGCGCGUACCGCGAUUGACUUUUUGCCAUAGUUGACGGAGCACGCGGAGCAGUACCAAGCACGCACCCAAGCGGACCCAAGCCCCGGCGCCAAGGAUUGCCUUGCCGUCACAAGGUGAGUAAGAAUACCCACUGCCACUGCCCACCUCUCCCUCGUCUCUCCUCACCGUUCCCACGCCACCAAAAGCCCAGCAUUAUACUGCUGGCUGCAGCGGCUGUAAAAAAUACAUUUCUGGUCCCCCCAUGUUGCCACCCACCCACCUGACCAAGAGUCAAGGGAAUCCUUAUCCACCUGCCGACGGAAAGCGCGGCAGCGCAGAGGAAGGAGUACAACUGCCACCCUACAGCCGCAACCCGUCUCCCCCCCCUCCCCUCCGCCUCUCCCAGUUUGGUAUACACUGCUUGCUAUACAAACGCUGCAAGCAACACCCAACCCACUUCACACACUCUCCACCUCUCAUCGCUUGUGCAUAAGCUGAUCCUCGCCCCUCGCCCACCCCCCACAACCCCGCUUGCUCGCCCCCGCACCUCCCCGCCCUCGCCCCAUCUCGCCUGUGGCAUCAAUUCCAUCGGCGUGACCAUCGUGACCACCACCGCGCCCAACAUCUUGAAUCCCCCUCGCUGCCGCCCUCACACAUCGAUCCCCGUCCUCGCAAUGAUCUCGUGCCCACUAGACAUAACGCCCUAGCACAACACUCCAGUGACGACGACGGCGACGACGUACUCGUCUUGUGCGACUUUCAACUCUAGACAACUCUCUAUCCCAUCGCAUCAUUUGCCACAGUUCACCAUGCCAUACACCGAACCCACGUCUCCCAUUCCGUCCCCUGUUAAAACGUUUGCGCCUCGCAGGCGGUAUUCGCAGGGGUCGCCAGUCGACACUACGCCCGUGCGAUCAGUGUCCAACCCCAUGCCUAGCCUCCCUCGCCGCUCGCCAUCUCUUGGCUCGUCGGUUCCUCGAUUGAAGAGUCUGUCACUGGCAACUACCCAGCCGCUCAAGCCACCAAUGGCAGGAUCGUCCGCGCAGGGGGCCCUCGACGCAAUGCGCUCGGUCGAGGCUAUCCCCCGACGCGUUCCUCAACUUGCUUCCUCGGGCAGCCUGGGCCUCAAGAUUCACGGUGCCCACCCAUCAGAACCAUUGGGCUCAGACUCGAGCGGUGGCGUGCCUACCACUCCCACCCCCGAUGGUGGUAGCGUUUCAACCUUAUUCCUCAACAACCCUCCGCCACCCAAGAACAAGUCGCACUCUGCGCACCAGCCUCCACGAUUGAGCCUUGGUCAGCGACCAAAGCACGGUCGCGAGCGCGGAAACUCGGCGACGUUGCCCUCGCCCGACAACCGCGAGUUCAUUGCGUCGACGUAUGUGCGUCCCACAGACUUGGUCCGCAAGAAGUCGGGCGAGGUCGUCAAGUCGUCGCUCAAGGUUCGCUCCAUGUCGACGCCAGAUCUUGGCCGCCGCAACAGCGACGGCUCGGACACGGACAAGAAGGCUACACGCUCUACCCGCGACCUUAGGGAGCACGCCAAGAGCGUCCGCUUCUCUGACCGCAGACUAGAGUCUGUUGUCCUCUUCCUCCGCGAGCAAAAGGUCACGGCCAUUUCAUCGGCUGCCGCCGAUCCCUCUACGGAGACAGAAGACGACAAUGAUACCGAUCUUUCGGACUAUGUCCAUUUCCGAACCCGCAGAAAUGGCGGCCGAUCCGACGACAAGGAAGUCGAGAUCGACAUUGGAAGCAGAGUCCCCCGCGUCCGCACGGACUUUGGCCCAGGCACCCAGGGCCUGCUCGACUCUGAGAACGUCCUCCUUGAACGCGUCGAGAUUGUCAACGGCGUGUCCCUGGCCCUUCGCGGCACUGUCAUUGCUCGCAACGUUGCGUUCCAAAAGUUCAUCGCCGUGAGGUUCACCCUCGACCACUGGCAGACAGUGUCCGAAGUUGCGGGCCAGCACGUGGUGCACAUCCCUUCGGGCACCACGGGCGAUGAGGGCUGGGACCGUUUCGGCUUUACUGUGCGGCUGGACGACUUCAAGCGGAAGAUUGAAGAGCGAUCGCUCGAGAUUUGUGUGCGAUACAACUGCGACGGGCACGAGUGGUGGGACUCGAACAGCGGCGAGAAUUACCGAUUCACGUUCAAGCGCACGUCUAUCCGCAAGCCGAGGGUUGGCACCUUCCUGCGCAACAGCACCACCGAGGCGCCGUCCAUCCCCGUGCUUGGCCGCCCUACCCGCGCCGCAAGCGACAGCUCCAACCCUCGCAACUGGGUCUUUCCGCGCAGUGUGUCCGAGCCGACACGCGCCGACUCGCCAGCGCUUAGUCCCCCACCUGCCGCUUCGUUCCAGGCACCUGCUCCCCCGAAUGUCCACACCCACCUUGCCCUCAAGGGCUGGUGCGCUCCCUCGCCACCACUGUCGCCACCCAAGAAGAUUGUAUUCCCAACCAGCAUGGUGCCGCUCUCGCUUGCCCCAACGCAUGCCACGGCCGCCCCUGCAGCGCCUAGCGGGCCCAGUUUGACGCUCGUCAACGGCCGUCCUGCUACAGUCUGGACGCCCCGUGUUGGACACAACUUUAGCUGGUCCGGCGAGGGCAGCGGGCCCCUCAUUACGUCGCCUACUACGAUUUCUUCGAGCGACAGCGAGGCAGCGAGCGAUGUGACGCCCACCGCCACCAAGCCGCGUUCGCCAGAACCGGGUUCGUCGCCCGAGUCGACAACCUCGACCCUCGACUCGCCGGUCAAGGCGCCCUCUGGCUCGGGCAUUCACGGCCACAACCGCAGCUCUUCCAACCUCCAGUCGUUGGUUGACUCUGGUGACGACAAUGGGUUGAUGACUCCUCCCAGCAGUAACCUCUCGUCGCCUCCUACCCCCAGCACCAUCCUCCCUGGUCCUCUGUCGCCAUCGGCAUCGCUCUCCACUGGCGACUCGUCGCCGGUGCGUGACUUCCCGUCCGAGUCGCCUUCAGACCUGGCACUCAACCUUCAGGCAGAUGACAUUGGGCGUACGUUAAACGCCGCCUCUUACCAGGAAUUCCUUGACAAGUUCUGCUUCUUCAAGUCGCCGCCCAAGGUGACGACGCCACUGGAUGACCACUACGCCCCGCGUGCCAACUAUCUCCCGCUGUCCGGGUUUGCCACGUCGUCUUCAGGCCUCGAUCUGUACGACGGCAGCCGCCUCGACACGCCUACGCCGACGAGGUCUUACGAAGCGCUCGACUCGUACCCAUUUGGCGGUAACUCUAGCCCGACUGUUACGGCUACAUCUGGCGCCGGCACCACACCUCGCGCGUCACCGUCCCCAUCUGGACGCUCGCCCGUAACCGCGGCCUACGGACUGCCCUGGGCUCCUGGAGACGGUCGGUCACCGAGCCUUGCUGCGGCCUAAGAAUAUCGACGACACGUUGCAUGCCACGCCACACGACAAGUCAUAUCCACACAACACCAACAACGUACCAACACCACCACCCCCUGUCAGCCUACCCACCACCAACCCUGUAGACGCCACACCUCAUUGUAUCCACCUAUCCACCACCCACAUCCACCUACACGUCACGGACGGCCAUUGAAAUUGAAACAAGUGUGUAUAUACCCAUAAUCCGGGUCGUUUGUACAAAAACACGGCGACGAGAGUCGGCCUGUGACAUAGUAAAUGCAUCAUGCGAGCGAGCA